AUGGAUGACAACACUUUUAAAAGUCAAUCAUUUUUUCAACCAUGUCGGAGGUUAGAAUUUGAUGUUGAAAUAUAUAAUCAAGAAGCAAGCAAGCAAAUAGAGGAUCAAGAAGCAGGCCAGCAAAUAGAGGAUCAAGAAGCAGAACAAGAUGCACUAGUCAAUGCAUAUGAAAAGUUUGAUGAACAACCAAAAGUCGGAAUGGAGUUCACUUCUGACGAGAGUGCAUAUGAGUAUUACAAUAGUUAUGCUGGGAAGAUAGGAUUCAGUGUUCGAAAGGAUUGGGUAAGAAAAUCAGAUGGGGUCAUACUUCAAAGAAGAUUUUGUUGUUCUAAAGAAGGUCGAAAAUAUGAAAAGAAACAAAUCAAUCAACCGAAGUUUAAUCGUCCAAUUACAAGAACUGAAUGUCAAGCAAGCAUGAGUUUGAAGCUUCAGGCAAAUGGAAAAUAUUGUGUAACCGGCUUUGUGGCGGAGCAUAACCAUGAGGUUGUUUCACCAUCAAAGGUACAUAUGUUAAGAUCACAAAGAGGCAUGACUGAUGUUCAAAAGGCUCAAGCAGAUAUGGCGGAUGAUUCAGGAAUAACACCUAAAGCAACUGUAGAUUAUCUAAGUAAGCAAUAUGGUGGUCGGGAAAAUCUGGGUUUCCUACCCAUUGAUUAUAAAAAUUACUUACGGAAGAAGCGAAUGAAAACAAUGGAAAAGGGUGAUGCAGGAGCUGUUUUAGAAUACUUUCAGAAAAUGCAAGUAGAGGAUCCAUCUUUCUUUUACGCAAUACAAGUAGAUGAAGAUGAUCAAAUUACAAAUAUGUUUUGGGCAGAUGCAAAGUCAAUAAUGGACUAUGGCAUUUUUGGAGAUGUGGUUUGCUUUGAUACCACAUAUAGAGUAAAUAGUUAUGGGCGGCCAUUUGCCCCAUUUAUUGGGGUAAAUCAUCAUAAGCAAACUAUAAUAUUUGGUGCGGCCUUACUAUACGAUGAAACGAUUGAAUCUUUCAAAUGGUUGUUUCAAACAUUUUUAAGUGCGAUGUCUGGAAAACAACCAAUAACAAUUCUAACAGAUCAAGAUGCUGCAAUGGCUAAUGCGAUAGCUUCAGUGAUGCCAGAAUCAUAUCAUCGUUUGUGUAUAUGGCAUAUUUACCAAAAUGCUGCCAAGCACCUUAACCAUCUAUUUAAAGGUUCCAAAGGUUUUGAAAUUGAUUUUGGUAAGUGCGUAUAUGAUUGUGAGAGGGAGGAAGAUUUUAUGACUGCAUGGAAUGUUAUGCUUGAGAAGUAUGAUUUAGUGCAAAACAAGUGGCUACAUGAUUUGUUUAAAGUAAGAGAAAAAUGGACUUUAGUUUAUGGACGAAAUACAUUUUGUGCUGAUAUGAAGAGCACUCAACGAAGUGAGAGCAUGAAUAGUUUAUUAAAAAAAUAUUUGAAAUGUAAACACAAUCUCUUGCGUUUCUUUACUCAAUACGAACGGGUGGUAGCUGAUCGAAGAUACCAGGAAUCCAUGGCUGAUUUCAGAGUGAGGCAAAGUACCCCUGUAAUGUUUGUUGAUGCAAAUAUGUUAAAGGAAGCGGCAAAAGUAUACACUCCAGAAGUAUUUGAUAUAUUUCAAAAUGAGUAUAAGAAAAUUCUUAAUGCCGCAAUUUAUAAAUGUGGUGAGUUUGAUACAGUUAUGGAGUUUCAAGUUAUUUAUAAUAACAAAGAUGAAGGACGGACUGUUAGAUUUGAUUCAUUAGACAGUUCAGUGACAUGUAGUUGUAAGAAGUUUGAGUUCGUGGAAAUUUUAUGUAGUCAUGCAUUGAAAGUUUUAGAUUAUUAUAAUAUAAAGGUGCUUCAUCCCCGUUAUGUUUUGAAGAGAUGGCAAAGAGAUGCAAAGGUCGGUGUUGCUAGAGAUCAUAAUGGUUCAAGAAUAUAA